UAUAGCUGUAAUAAUUUAGUUAUGACUACUAUGAGGCACAUACCAACUAUUUCAUUUCAAUAUAUUGCACGAAACAAUAAGUAAUGGUCAUUUAUUUUCUUUUUAUGCUCUGUCCCCAGUUUUAUGUGACGUGAAUUACGAUACAUUUAUCAGAUUUACGGGAAGAACAGGAACGCACCAGUGAUCAUUUGGAAAAUUUGCAUGCGCGCUAAAGACACACCAACCUAGCUUUAUUAUCGUUGCUGUAACCGAUUAAACUAUGCUAGGGUGUUUCCGAGAUGUACCCGAAUAGUAUACGAGAUGCGUGGGUUAACGUAUUAAACAUUUUAACCCACUUUUAGCUCAAAGCGCGGCUCCUUUGUAGUUAGCUUUUAGCUAGCUUAGGACAUCUCGCAUGCUGAAGCAACAACAACAAGACCAAAUGUGGGACAGUUCGCACUUAAGUCUUUCUACGGAGGAACAGAAAGAGCUGGCCAAAAGAAUCACUGAGUUUCUAUCACAGUACAGAUACUUGUCGGAGUCGUACAUUAUUGAGUUCUUCACUGAGGAUUUAUGGCACGAGUUGCCUGUCAGCUGGCAGUCUGUUCUGCAGCAUCUGUCCUACCCGCAAAUAGCAGACCUUCUGCUGGAUGCUGAUCAUGGACACAGGAGGUAUCCAUGCGUUUGGCCGCUGUCCCUCUUGGCUUUCCGGACCACUGCUCACUCCCUCGCCUUUCCCAGAAGUUCCCGGCGAUCACGGGCCAAGGUCCGUGGUCAGGCCAAGCCCAAAGAGUUCCAGGAGAACCGGAAUCAGAGCUCACUGCUCUCACACGCCUUCCGCAAGCACGUCAAGCCCAAGAAGCAGCACGAGAUCCGCGAGCUGAGCACGCUGGUGAAGCAACUUUGUGAGUGGACUGGGUGCAACCGAGUCGUGGAUGUUGGCUCUGGACAGGGACACCUGACUCGUUUCCUGUCGUUCGGGCUCGGCUUGUCGGUGACGGCAAUUGAGGCCGACCCUGCCCUGGUUGCCAUGGCGACCAAGUUUGAUGGACAGCUGCUGUGCGCCUUGGAGAAGGAGAGGCAGAAAAAACAGAAGUGUUCCUCUGAGCCACCAUCAUCAGAGACAUGUCCUCGCCAUGUGACGGCUUGGGUGGACCCCAAGGCAUCGUGGGAGGUCUUCAUCCAGCAGCUGGGCGCAAACCACGGUGAUGGCGAAGGAACAUUUACGUCUUGCAAAAAGAGACUCCGGUGUCCUGAGAAAACCUCCAAGGAGGCAGGGCCCUUCGAGGCAGGCAUCUGGCAAGAUUUGGUCCUGACUGGUCUACACGCCUGCGGGGACCUCAGCCCCACCCUCCUCCGCCAUUUUGUCAAAUGUCCUCACAUACGCGCCAUCACCUCCGUGGCGUGCUGCUACAUGAAGCUCACCACCAAAGAGCAGCCCGCUCCUCCAGGCGUGCUCGGACCUCACGAUCCGCCGCGAUCAGACCCCGAAUCCCUCGUCUGGGAGUUUGGCUACCCGAUGAGCGCGUACGUGCGGGGGCUGCCGGGACACCAGCUGUCCUACAAAGCGCGGGAGGCGGCGUGUCACGCCAUGGAGGACUACGUGGAGAGGCUGCGUGAGGAGAGCGCGCUGCUGAGGACGCACUGCUGCCGCGCCGCACUAGAGGUCUUCAUCACGGGCAGCAGGCCGGAUCUGCGCAGGGCAGGAAUACAGACGGUGAAGAAAGCCCACUUGUUGACCUUCACCGAGUACGCCCGCUUGGGUCUGGCUCGGGUGGGCCUGCCGCCAUCCCUGCAUCUGGACACGGGGCGCCUGGAGGCCAUGUUGGCGCAGCGGGGCCAGGUGGUGCUUCUUCAGCCUGGCGCUGCUGUUGGCCCCCGUGGUAGAGACUCUGGUGCUUCUGGACCGCAUCAUCUACCUGCAGGAGAACGGGGUGCACAGUCAUCUGAUUCCUCUUUUCGACCCAAACUUUUCUCCGAGGAAUUUUGUGCUGGUGGCUCGGAAGACUCCAGGAUAAAAGUCUUCAAAGGAUUUUACACGUUGGUUUUUCUGCCGUCCCCCCACGGGACGCUCGGCACCAGAGACGAGCGCCCCAGCUGCCGGCCGCUGACCGCCUCCUUCUGCCGGAACGUGGGCUACGGCACCAGCCGGCACCCGGCCGGAGUCCCGGGCUUCAACGUGCAGCAGCUGAGUCAGAUCGUGGCGACGUCCUGCUCUCCGAGCGCCGCCGCGCUCUUGUGCCGUGUGGCCUUCCCAGAAUGCUCGGAGGACGACGCCCGCGUGAAGCCGUGCAGGGCCAUGUGCCGCAAGGUGAAGAGCGAGUGCGACGCCGCCAUCAAAGCCAAGGGCCUACCCUGGCCCAGCAAGCUGCAGUGUGACACCUUGCCUGAAUCCAACUGUGUGCAGACUCAACAACAGCAACCACCCUCACUCUCCUCUCCUGCUGCUGAUCAAGUAUGUCAGACUAUUACGGUUCCUCUAUGCAAAGACCUCCCGUACAGCCAGACCAUCAUGCCCAACACUUUAGGCCACGUCUCGCAGGACGAGGCGGGCCUCGAAGUGCACCAGUUCUACCCGCUGGUCAAGGUCCAGUGUUCGACUCAGCUCAAGCCAUUCCUGUGCUCCGUCUACGUACCUAAUUGCAGGGCGGGAACGAUUGGGCGUCCGUGCAGAACUCAGUGCGAGCAGGCCCGCGCCGGAUGCGAGUCUCUGAUGAUCAAGUUUGGCUUCAACUGGCCGGAAAGUCUAAAUUGUGAAAAAUUUUCGACAUAUUCAUGUGAGCAGGAUACUGACAGCAAUUCUGACACAACGGCAUCAGGAACUUGUGAAAGUAUUACAGAGCCUCUCUGCAAAGAUCUCCCGUACACCCAGACCGUCAUGCCCAACGUCCUGGGACACAAGACGCAGGAGGAGGUCGGCAUGCAAGUCAACACUUACUACACGCUGGUCAACAUGGCGUGCUCGCCCCACCUCAAGACCUUCCUGUGCUCCGUCCUCACCCCCGAAUGCAAGGCGGGAAAAGCCAGUCGGCCUUGCAGGAGCUUGUGCGAGCUGGUCCGCUCCAGUUGCGAGCCGCUGCUCAGAGACUUUGGUUUCGCUUGGCCCGAGUCGCUCAAGUGCGACGCUUUCACCACCGCUUCGUGCCAGCACUUUGGCAUGGGUGAAGGCGGCGGCAUAUGUGAGACCCUCACCAUCCCCAUGUGCCAAGGCCUGUCCUAUAACCAGACCCUGAUGCCCAACCUAAUGGGCCACGCCAGCCAGCGCGACGCCGCCGUCAAGAUGUCUUUCUUCCACUCCAUCGCGCAGACCGCCUGCUCUGCCGACAUCCGGCCCUUCCUGUGCGCCGCCUAUGCCCCGCAGUGCUCAUACGGCCAGGUGCGCCGCCCCUGCCGGAGCUUUUGCCAGAAGGCCCGCAGCAGCUGCGAGGCGCUCUUGGGGCGCUACGGUGUUUCCUGGCCCCAAGAACUCCACUGCGACGCGUUCCCGCACAACGCCUGUGUCACCGAUGACAACAGAUCAGAGAUGAUGAAUGCUGAAGACGUGGCAGCCAGGCUGCAGGCCGGAGGCCACUCGGUUGGCGGAAAACGUCAGUCAGUUUACACUUUGGACUUGAAGCUUUUGUAUUUUUGCACUCACAAUGGUGUUUAUCUCCCCAAACAUAGCGCUGACUGUCAGGACUGCACGCUUGUUGCUGACACUUGCAGAUACAAAUCUGGAGAGCUGGACAUGGUGGAGUUCUUCAGACUGGACCACUACGUGGCGGCCGCCAGGCGAGAAUAUGUGGACAGCUACGAGAGGAAGCAUCCGCCUUCUUUCACUCAAGCACACAUGGAGGAGGCCCUGACUGUGCGGGGUUUUGAGCUGGAUAAGGACAGCUUAAAGACGCUGUGGUUGGAGUACAGCAGGCAAGGGAAGCUCGAGUACGAUGACUUCAUCGCUCUGUUGACCCGAAUGCAGAUCCUUAAAGAUCGAUUCCAAGCUCACCUCCUCAGUUUGCCAUGUGACUGCCAAGUGGCCACCUUCUCUUUCAAGCAGGUAUGUUUAGUGUUGCAAGACACUUUAUUAGGUACACAAGUCAAUGUGAUCCAAUACUGUUUUUACUCCAAUAUUUACUUCCCACAUUAGAUUCCAAAGUUAGCCUCCAUUAUUGGGUUCAAGGUCACCUUUAUUAUUAGCUUCUAAUGUUAGAUUCUGAAGUUAGCAUCAAUGCCAUGUUCCCAUGUUGCCUCCAAUUAUUUUCCAAUGUCAGCUUUACCAUUACCUUUAACAAUUGCUUCAAAUAUUAGCUUCAAUGUUAGUUUCCAGCAUUAGCUUUCAACAUUGCCUCCAUUGUUAGCUUCUGACAUUAGAUCGCUUUAAUGCUUCCGUGACUACUUUCGU